AUGGAGAACGAUUAUGAAGAAAUUAGUCACGAGCGAGAGCAGGGAACAGACGAACAGCGCUUUGCUCAUGGAAUCGGAAGAGAAGAUAGGAACAAUCGAAGGACUGAGCGUGGAUUUUCCCGAAGUCCGAUGACUGAUCGUGAUCUGGACUGGUUCAUGGAAGAACAUCUCCAGUUGCAUGAAACUCAGAAGCAGGUAAGCAGUGUGCUUAUGGUGCAACCUGGGAAUGUGGCCAUGAUGGUUAAACCUGGAGUCUGGAAAAGGGAAACAGAACAGAAAGACUGGAAGGAGAUCAAGGCAGCAGCUAAGAAGGAAAAAAUGAAAUUGUUUUGCAAUCAGUGUAACAGGCAUGCGCAUAUAAGGGACAAUUGUUUUUUGAUCAAAGGAUACCCGGAUUGGUGGGAAGAGAAAUAUGGAAACAAGAAUCACACAGAACCAGCUGCAGGAGACUGGCAAGUGAUGGUUGCUAAUUUGGUGCAAGCAGGACUUGGAAAGAUGAUGAAGGGAAAAUCUCCUAUAGAAGGUGUUCCAACAACCUCUGCCAACCACGCCAGGGUGAACUAUCCUCCUUUGCAAGAUUUUUCAGGUAGUCAUAUCAAAACACUGAAUCUGCGUUCUUCAAUCUUUGUUGAAUCGAAUCUGGAAGCAAAGAUGUCUUCUUGGACUAGGGUUGGUCUUCUGGGAGAGGGUGGUUAUGGUAUCGUCUCCUUGGCGAAGGCAUCUUCUUCAUCAACCGCUGAUGUGGGUUUGGACCUGAAAUUGCCUCCCCUGUUCGCAGGGAAAACGUCGAAAUUCUGCCUCUCGCAACUGUUAGAGGAGGAGAGGCUUUUGUUGAGCGAAUUGCAAGAUUGUCGCAAUAUUAUUCAGUAUUACGGAUCUGACAUUACUGAAGAAGACAGCGUGAGGGAGUUUGUUGGAUCGUAUUUACUACUCUGUGACUACCUUACUUGA